AUGAACCUAAACUCCGACGGUGACACCGUUACCUCAGAGCUGAAUGCCAUAUGCCGCAAAAUUCGGGAUUUAUUAGGUUUGAGAGCAAACUAUAUUCAACUAUCCCUGCAGACCCUCGAAGACAAUCCGAUAAAUCGUCCAGAAUGGAGAAUAUAUCCGCCUCCACCAGAACCAGCGUGGGGUGACGAUAAAGAGACUGCCAGAAUGAACGAGGAUCCCGGCACGGAUCAGAGAAGAAGAAAAAUGGGCGAAAAUAUUGGUGAGGACUUCCAUUUGGAAGAGUGCAUGCCACUUCCCGGAGAGUCCGACUGGGUAUUCAAGCUAGAUGAGAGCAGUGUCUACCAAGUUUACAAAAAUUCUAGUGAUGUCGACCGAGAGGAACCCGUCGUCAAAAUCCCAUCUCUGAGAGACUUCUAUAUGGAUCUCGACGCGGUCAUUGACGUCUCGACGGAUGGGCCGGCAAAAAGCUUCUCUUUCAAGCGCCUUUCGUACUUGGAAGGAAAAUUCCAGCUCUACUCCCUCUUGAAUGAGUACCAGGAAAUUGCGGAUAGCAAGAAAGUGCCACAUAGGGAUUUCUAUAAUGUGCGGAAAGUUGACACUCACGUUCAUCACUCAGCAUGCAUGAAUCAGAAGCACUUACUUCGCUUCAUCAAGAGCAAGAUGAAGAAAUCCCCAGACGAGGUUGUUCUUUUCAGGGAUGGUAAACAUUUGACGCUUAGAGAAGUUUUUGAAAGUAUCAACCUUACCGCCUAUGAUCUGAGUAUUGACACACUUGAUAUGCAUGCUCACACGGACUCAUUCCAUCGAUUUGAUAAGUUCAAUCUCAAAUACAACCCAGUAGGGGAAUCCCGGUUACGA